AUGCGAGUCCACUCUCUCCUCCCCAUGCUGCCCUCUGCAGUGGCAGCCCUUCCCUCUUCCUCUUUUGCUUCUUUCUCCAACAUCGUCAACCAAACCACCUGCGGCAGCACUACGUACAGCUACACGGGCCUCGAAGGCUACGGCUUCGUGCCCUCCAACGCCACAGACAAAUAUGGCGACACAAUGGGCGGCUUUGGCAGUUCCGCUGCCUUUGACCUCUCCACCUGGCAACGAACCAGCCCCGAUACUUACACCGGCAUCAUCUACUGUCUCCCAGAUCGCGGCUGGAACACCAACGGCACCCUCAACUUCCAACCACGCAUCCACACGUUCAACCUCACCCUCCAACUAUCCCCCAAUGCAUCCGCCACCCACCCAUCCCCACCCAACAUCCACCUGCACUACCUCGACACCCUCCUCCUCACCGGCCCCGACAACGCACCCCUCACCGGCCUCGACGCUAUCACCACCACCACCAACACAACUACCACAACCACCAAGUACCCCAACUUCCCCCCUCUCCCAAUAGCCACCUACCCCGGCGACGGCUUCGGCGGCCCGGGCCCAGGCGGACACCGCAUCCCCCUCGACGCCGAAGGGCUCGCCUUACCAGCCCACGACCCAGCGCACAUCUGGGUGUCAGAUGAAUACGGACCCUACGUAUACAAAUUCGACAAGCGGACCGGCCGCAUGGUCUACGCCAUUCAACCGCCCCAGGCGUAUCUCCCUCGGAGGAAUAACACACUCAGCUUCAGCGCGGAUAGUCCGCCUAUCUAUGAUGCGGAGCUUGUACCCAUCCCUGAAGAUCCCUCAACAGGGAGGGAUAAUAAUCAGGGAUUCGAGGGAUUGACGAUCUCAUCCGAUGGGAAGAAGUUGUAUACUUUGCUCCAAUCCGCGCUGAACCAGGAAGGGGGGCUGAAGAAGAAAUACCGCGAUCAAGCUCGGUUACUGCAGUAUGAUAUUUCGAAUUCCUCCGGAGUAGACGCCGUCUAUGAAGCGGAGUAUGUGGUAACCCUCCCGAAAUACUAUAAUCCCGAGAAAGGUCAUGAUAUCGUCGCCGCACAAUCGGAGAUCCAUCUCCUCCCGACAGGUGACUUCCUCAUAUUAGCGAGAGACUCUGGGUUCGGGCACGGACAGAGUGAUUCUCUGUCCGUGUAUCGACAUGCUGAUAUCUUUCACAUCUCAACUAAUACUACGACGGACCUGAAGAACCUGAGGGGUGUGGAUGCCCCUAAUGGAACCAUCGCCUCUGAUAAAGGUAUCCUACAUGAUGGUAUCCCACCCGCAGAGUACUGCUCCUUUUUGGAUUAUAAUGUCCCCGGGCAAUUGGCGAAGUUUGGUUUGCAUAAUGGUGGAGAGCAGGAUCGGUGGCUGUUGAAUGAGAAGUGGGAGAGUUUGGCCCUUGUUCCGGUGAAUCCCGAUACGGAGGAUAGUAGUGGUGGUAAUGGGGAGAAGGACUAUUUCUUGUUCAGUAUUAGUGAUAAUGAUUUUAUUACGCAGGAUGGGCACAUGAAUUUCGGUCGGUUCAGGUGUUGGCGUUUAGAGUUCGUUUCUAGAUUCUAA